AUGCUUGCCUCGUUUCGCAGCCUCCUCUCCGGCUCCACCAGCCGCGUAGAGUACGCAAACUACGCUCCUAUCGCUUCAGAGGAGGGCGCGCCACCGCAGCCGGCACCCAGGCGCGAGGCUGACCUCCGGACGCGCGAAGGUCGCGAUGUCUACAUUUGCUUCUGGGCGCUUGGAGCUGGUAUCCUUCUCCCUUGGAAUGCGCUUAUCUGCACGUUCCCCCUCCUCUCGUCGUUCUUCACUGGCCCGUUGGCCACCAACCUUCCUUCCUAUGUUGGCACUGUCUUCUGCUUUGCCAACCUCUUCUUCCUCGGUCUUGCCCAGCGCACUGUUGGCAAGUCCAUGCCCACCGCCCGCCUGCGCUGGUCGUUACUCCUCCUCCUCGCCACCGCCAUUGCUAUGACAUUCCCGCUCCUCCCCCUCGUCUUCCCUUCCCUCAGCGACUCGGGGUCCUCCCUGCUCCUCCCGGUGCUCAUGGGCGCUACUCUCCUCCUCUCGCUGUCGAGCUCGUACCUCCAGUCGGCAGUGUUUGCUCUCGCUGCGCUAUGGGGCAGCACGGAGAUGCUGGCCGUCAUGUCCGGUCAGGGCGGCAUUGCCGUGGUUGUCUCAGGGGUGCAAUUGGCCCUUGCAAUCGUCGACGCUGGUCGCAGUAGCGGUGGGUCGGCGGAGAAGCACUCCACCUUGGCUGCUGAGGGGCUCUGGGCAAUGGGUGCUGCUGGUGCAGUGGUGUGUCUCGCCGCCCUCAAGCAUUUGACAGAGCACCCAGACUACGUGGCUGUGCUCGCGCCACUCGUCCAGCGCGAGGAGAUUAGUGGCAAACGUCACGUCUCGAGGAGGGUGUUUAUGAAGAACAUUCGUCUUGAAGCCGCCGUCGCUUUCGUGUUCAUCGUGACACUGGCCAUCUUCCCACCCAUCACGACGACUAUCACGUCCGUGCGCGACCCGGCACCAUGGCUUCUCCAACCGGCCGUGUUUAUUGGCGCCCACUUCCUCGUCUUCAACAUUGGUGACUAUGUCGGUAGGACAUGGGCUCCAUCGAUCCCUGGCGCGAUGAAGCUCCGUGUCUCGACCAUCAUGCUCCUCUCCCUCGCGCGCGUGGUCUUCUUCCCUCUCUUCCUCGCAUGCAACACCCCGACACACGCCGAGCUGCACAAGGCGCUUAUUGGCGACUGGCUCUAUUUCAUUAUUCUCCUGCUCUUUGGUCUUACCAAUGGUGCCGUGUCGUGUAUCAUCAUGAUCACCGCUUCCUCGCCGCAGCUCAACCCGGCCAUCUCUGAAGACGAGAAGGACAUUGCUGGCACGCUUGCGGCCUUCUCCCUCGUCUCGGGUCUGGCUCUCGGCAGCCUGGCGUCGUUCGCCGUCAACUACUUUAUCAACGGCAGCAUAUUUGGCUAA